AUGUUUGCUCGCUUUUCCCGAACGGCCGGGCCGUUGAGACAGGGUAUCAGAACGUACUCGACCGAAGCACCCAAGUCCUCGUCCCAGGCACCGCUCUUCGCUGGCCUGGCCGUUGCUGCCGGAGCGGGAUACUACUACUGGCAAUGGCAGCAGACUUCGGCUGCGGUGGUCAAGAAAGAUCGCAAGCCAACCUUCACCGGCGGCGACCAAGGAUGGAUCGACCUGAAGCUUUCGGCCGUGGAGGAAGUCAGCCAUAACGUGAAGAAGCUUCGAUUCGACCUGCCCGACAGCGAGAGUGUUUCUGGACUCCACAUCGCCUCUGCCCUGUUGACCAAGUUCAAGGGAGAAGGAGACGCUAAGCCAACCAUCCGCCCUUACACACCCAUCAGCGACGAGGAGGAGCCCGGCCACCUGGACCUGCUGGUGAAGCAGUACCCCAACGGCCCAAUGUCGACACACAUCCACGGCCUGUCCGUGGGCCAGCCACUCUCCUUCAAGGGCCCGAUCCCCAAGUACGAGUGGAAAGCCAACAAGCACAGCCACGUCUGCAUGGUGGCCGGCGGUACCGGCAUCACUCCGAUGUACCAGCUCAUCCGCAAGAUCUUCAGCGACCCCGCCGACAAGACGCAGGUGACGCUGAUUUACGGCAACGUGGGGGAGGAAGACAUCCUGCUGCGCCGCGAGCUGGAGGAGCUGGAGAACACCCACCCCCGCCGGUUCAAGGCUCUGUACCUGCUUGACAAGCCCGGUGAGGGCUGGACGGGUGGCAAGGGCUACGUGACCAAGGAGCUGGUGAAGAUGGCGUUCCCUGAGCCCAAGACAGAGGGGAUCAAGGUGUUCGUGUGCGGGCCUCCAGGCAUGUACAAGGCCGUCAGCGGUCCAAAGGUGAGCCCCAAGGACCAGGGAGAGCUGACCGGUAUCCUCAAGGAGCUCGGAUACAGCAAGGAGCAGGUGUAUAAAUUCUAG